CUGGCCCAAAUUAUUGUUGAAGAAUUGAAAAAUCAGAAUCCUUCUCCACCAAAUUCCUCCAUAGCUCUGCCGAUCAUGGAUCUCCGAUUUUCUUUUCUCCUCUUCCUUUUCUUGCAGGCUGUUUCCGGCCUCCUCCUCGCCGCUGCGUCCAACGUUGCCUACCCCUCCGUCGUCGAUACUGGAGCCGGUGAUUGCUCAGUUUCCGACGGCGGCGAUGGCAGCCUCACUCCUAUCCGUCGAGAAGUUUACGAUAAUGGACGAAUCAUCGACAUCAGUCAUCGGUUUACUGUAGAUAUGCCGUCUUGGGAAUCUGACGAAGGGCUUGGCCAGUUUCUGUGGCUUCCGAAGAGCAUGAAGAAUGGUUCGCUUGCUAAUAACUCUGAAAUGAAGCUUCCGGCUCACACUGGCACGCACGUCGAUGCACCUGGUCAUGUUUUUGAUCAUUACUUUGAUGCGGGAUUCGAUGUUGACACACUCGACUUGGGAGUCCUCAAUGGUCCUGGACUGUUGGUUGACGUUCCAAGGGAUAAGAACAUUACUGCUGAAGUCAUGAAGUCUUUGAACAUUCCCAAAGGAGUACGCCGUGUACUCUUCAGAACAUUAAAUACUGACAGAGGUCUCAUGUGGAAAAAGGAGUUUGACACGAGCUAUGUUGGAUUUAUGAAGGAUGGAGCAAAAUGGCUUGUAGACAACACUGAUAUCAAACUAGUUGGAAUUGACUACUUAUCAGUUGCUGCCUUUGAUGAUCUUAUUCCAUCUCAUCUCGAAUUUUUAGAAGGCAGGGAAACCAUUCUUGUCGAAGGCUUAAAGCUUGAUGGCGUCCAGCCGGGAUUAUAUUCGAUUCAUUGCUUGCCUCUUAGGUUGCUUGGCGCCGAGGGGUCGCCAAUCAGAUGCAUUCUAAUCAAGUAGUAAGUGAGUUCUAUUCUGUUGGAGUUCUGGUUAAGGGGGGGAGUAGGACUACAGUAUUGUGCUAUUUGAUAGGCUUUAGUUGGAUAUUAAUAACCCUUUUACCCUAAAUAUUGUAUAGAUUUAGGGGAAAAGCUUAUAAACUCAGCACAUGGGCAGGAUUUUAUGAGUUGAAUUGUUGUUGGAUUUGAACCACCAUGUUACCUUGUC